UCCUAAACGGAAGUGAUAUCAAUCACCCCAGGAUUCACAAAUGCAGAAAAUGUGUGUGGCUGCAGAACGAGUAUAGGCUAUGGCAGCACCACCGCUACUGGGCAGAGCCAUCCCUCAUCUCCGCCUCCACCUCCACCUUCACACAACUCUUCCGGCCGCCGUCUGUCUACUCAUACGGAGACCCUGUUACACAACAACUGCCUCAGAGUCUCCUAAGCCAAUUAGAAAGCCACCUUCCACUACCACAUACGACGACAAAGCCUCCUUGCUAACCACAAAACGGCAUCCACCCAAAGACCCCAGAUGGGAGAAUGAUCCUGAUUAUCGCAAAUGGAAGGAUAAAGAAGCUGAAAUUUUUCUGGAUAUCGACCCUAUCACUCUCCUUAUCAAAGACAUCCUUCACUCCGACAGGUAUAUGGAUGGACAACAACUUACACCGACAGAUGAGAAAAUGGUGGUACAAAAGCUUCUUGCUUUUCAUCCUCACUCUGAAGAUAAGAUCGGGUGUGGCAUCGAUUCUAUUAUGGUUGAUCGGCAUCCACAGUUCAGAAAUUCAAGAUGUCUGUUUGUUGUGAGAACCGACGGUGUAUGGAUCGAUUUUUCUUACCAAAAAUGCAUUCGAGCGUACAUUAGACAGAAAUACCCUUCUUAUGCAGAACGAUUCAUCAAAGAACAUUACAAGCGCAGUAGUGGUUGAAUAUAAUGUAUAAGUUUAUCAGUACCCGAAAUUCAGUGUCGGUUAGUAACCAACGGACGUCGAACGAUCAGACACGAUUUUGGACUUUGCUCAGCCACCCUAGUCCAGUGGUGCACACAUUUGUCAAUGGUGGUAGAUAAUGGUAGUUGAAAUGAAAACAAUAUAGUGAGGAAAGUGAUUGAAGUUGAAAGAUUUAAUUUUGUUGACUUGUAUUGAUGUUUGUUUGACUUUAAGUAAACUUUGGUUUUUCUAUGAAUUAGUUGGAAAUAUAGAAAAGGAGUAUAUGGACUCAUCUGUUUGGGAGGCAGUUGAUGGUCAUAAAAGACGAAUAUUUAGAGCUUUAUUGAAGCCAUGAACCUACCUUGUGAAUGUUUGUUGGGAUGUUACAAAUGCCAUUAUUCUGGGCACUUUUAAACUA